AUGCGGAAUCUAAAACUAUUUGAGAGAUUCAAGAGCACCCAAAUCCACGCUUUUAAUUCACAAGACUCUCCUUCUACAAGCAACAAUGGUAGCCCUCGAAUGAAGAAGUUCCUAGGUCAUCCCAAAUCCAUCUCUCGUUCACUUCUCCCUCACGGGUUCCCCACCACGGACCUCCUCGAGCCUCCUUUGGACUCUUACCUCAAACCCAUCGACUUGGUUGAGUCCUUAUCGAAUCUAUACCGGAGAAUCGAAUCAAGUUCGGAGUCGGAGAAAUCGAUGCUCUACCUCGAGCAAUACACUGUUCUCCGUAGUCUCGGCGACGCCAAGCUCUUGCGUAGGUGUUUGCUCAACGCAAGGAGGCACGCCAUUGAUGUACCUUGUAAGGUUGUUUUAUCUGCUUGGUUGAGAUUUGAGAAGAAAGAACACGAACUCGUGGGAGUUGAAUCUAUGGAUUGUAAUGGGUUUGCUAUUGAAUGUCCAAAGACUAGUUUGAUUCAUGGUCAUGAUUUGAAUCUAGUCAACGAGCAUUGUAAAUGCUCUACGGUGUGUGAGGAAGAGUUUUGUAGUGAUGACAUUAGAAUCUCUAGGGCUGAUGAUGAGUUUUCGGGUCUAGAAGAGGAUAGUGAUUUUUCCUUCUGCGUAGGUUUAGAGAAGGUUAAGUGUGUCAGGUCGCGAAUCGCGGCGCUUUCGCGGCCUUUUGAGGCGAUGUUAUAUGGUUCUUUUGUUGAAUCAAGAUCUUCGGAGAUCGAUUUCUCCGAGAAUGGUAUCUCGAUUGAGGCAAUGUUGGCGCUUAACAUAUACAGUAGGAUCAAAAGAGUUGAUUUGUUUCGUGUUGAAACUGUCUUUGAGUUGCUUGGAUUAGCCAGCAAGUUCUGUUGUGACGAUCUGAAGUCUGCGUGUGAGGUUCGCUUGGCUUCAUCUGUCACUGACCUCGAUAAAGCAUUAACCUUUGUAGAGUAUGCGUUGGAGGAACGUACAAAGCUUCUCUUAACUGCUUGCUUGCAGGUGUUUCUGAGAGAGCUUCCUCAGUCUCUCCACAAUUCCAAAGUGAUGAGAUUGUUCUGCAGCUCUGAAGCAAAAGAACAAUUAGCUUUUCUAGGUUCAGAGUGUUUGUUCCUGUUAUACUACUUCCUCAGCCAAGUAGGCAUGGAAGAGAAACUCACCACGGAGGCUAUGCUGAUUUUGCUAGAUAGAACUCGAGAGUUUGCUCGAACAAACUGGCAAAAGGCUGUGGCUUUGCAUCAAAUGGGAUGUGUUCUGUUUGAGAGAAAGGAUUACAAAGCAGCUCAGUUUCACUUCAGGUUAGCUUCAAGCUUAGGCCACGUCUACUCAUUGGCCGGGGUAUCGAGGACCGAAUAUAAACAAGGGCAGAGGUAUUCGGCCUAUAAGCUAAUGCAUUUUCUCAUCUCUAAUCACAAGCCACUUGGGUGGAUGUACCAGGAGAGGUCUCUGUACAAUGUCGGGGUUGAGAAACUAAAAGAUCUAGCAACUGCCUCUGAACUUGACCCGACACUGACUUUUCCAUACAAGUACAGAGCCGUGAUGAAUUUCGAACAGAAGCAGAUUAAAGAAGCCUUCAAGGAGGUUGAUAGAGUUAUUCAGUUCAAGCUUACUCCAGAUUGUCUCGAACUGAGGGCUUGGCUGUUUCUAGCCAUUGGUGACCGUGAGAGUUGUUUGAGAGAUCUUAGAGCAGUGCUGUGCUUAGAUCCCAAAUAUACUUUGUUCGGUGGGAGAAUGAGAGAUGAUUUGAUGGAGGCUCUAACCAGGCAAUGCAUUGAGGUAGACAGCGAAGCGGAUUGUUGGGUGAGGCUUUACGAGAGGUGGUCAGCCGUGGAUGAUGUUGGGUCUUUGGCUGUUGUUCAUCAGAUGCUUCAGAAUGAUCCCAGCAAAAACUUUCUGAGGUUUAGACAGUCUCUUCUACUGUUAAGAUUGAAUUGUCAAGGAGCCGCGAUGAGGAGUUUGCGAACGGCAUGGAGCUUAGCUGUUUCUGAGGCAGAGAGAUUGGUCUACGAAGGGUGGCUUCUAUAUGACAUGGGUCACGUGGACGAAGCUCUUGCUAAAGCCGAGAAAGCAAUCUCCAUUCAACGCUCCUUUGAAGCUUUUUUCCUCAAAGCCUAUGUUCUAGCUGACAAGAAUCUCGAUCCGGAUGGGACCUCUUGUGUUGUUCAGGUUUUAGAGGAAGCCCUCAAGUGUCCUUCGGAUGGGCUACGCAAAGGACAGGCACUGAACAAUCUUGGGAGCAUCUAUAUCGAUUGCGGGAUGCUAGAUCAAGCUGAAAACGCGUAUAAGAAUGCUCUAGACAUCAAACACACUCGUGCACAUCAAGGGCUUGCGCGAGUUUAUUUCCUGAAGAAUCAACGAAAAGAAGCGUGCGUGGAGAUGACAAAGUUGAUUGAGAAGGCGUGUAGCAAAGCAGCAGCCUACGAGAAACGGUCUGAGUACUGUGAACGUGAAAAAGCCAAAGAGGAUCUUGACAUGGCCACAACACUCGACCCUCUGCGAACCUAUCCCUACAGAUACCGAGCUGCCGUGCUGAUGGACGAUCAGAGAGAGACGGAAGCAGUCGAAGAGCUAUCAAAGGCGAUAGCUUUCAGACCGGAACUACAGACGCUGCAUCUCAGAGCAGCAUUCCAUGAGGCCACGGGGAAGCUAUCAUUGGCCGCUCAAGACUGCGAAGCUGCUCUGUGUUUGGACCCUAAUCACACUGAGACGCUUCAUCUCUACAGCAGAUCCAAGGACCAAGCUUCGUCCAUUGACAACCCCAUUUUUGGCUUAGAUUAA